AAAGACUUGAAUCAUUAAUGCACGUUUAUCUGCAAUAGAAGUUAACAUGAAAUGUUGACAAGAAGAGAAAGUUUUUAUAUAUCAGUAGAAAAGAUUAUUAACUUUUAAAGUAAUUUUUAAAAAUAUUUUUUAUAUAAUUUUUUAUAUAUUUUUUAUAUAAGAUCCAAAUAAAUAUAAUGUAUUACUUAUAUAUUUGAUGGAUUAAGUGAAAAAUGUUUGCAAAAAGUAUUGUGAUUGAAAUAUUGCUUUAUAUUAUUUAUAUUAUUUGUUCAGUAUAUUGUGUUCACCAUAAUAGUAUUACAGAAUUGAACGAACAAUUUAUACGAAAAUAUUGUUGUUUUGAUAAUGUCGAUAAAAACAAUGAAAAUUCUUGUAAUUUAAAAAAUUUCAAUUGUACCUUGAUGAUAACUUCACAGAAUAUAUUUGGUAACAUAUCUGAUGUACCUUGUUGUUCAUCUUACGCUGAAAAUUUUACAUCCGAAGUAAUCAACAAAUUGAAACAAAUAGAAAUCAAGCAAGAACAUAAAAAUACCAAUGCAAAAAUACAUACAAGAUACUUCUAUUGUAUUUCUAAUGGACAGAUUUCUCAAACUUGGAAUUGUAACGAGAAUGACUAUAUUAAAAAUUCCCCUAUCGAACCGUUUAAAAAUAAUACAAUGCAUUGUGAUAAUAUAUUUUCUUCUUUGAAUUUUUGGGGUGUCAAUAUAGUGAUUUUUGCAAACAUUAUUUACAUUAUUCCUUAUUUCAUAGUCGUACUUAUCUAUUAUAUUAUUCCGGAUGUAAAAACGCGAGCUUAUCACAAAGCUGUGAUAUCUUACAAUGUUACACAAAUUAUCUUAAAUAUAAUUAUAAUUGCGAUAGGUACAUGUAUCCUAUGUCAUAUCUCUAUUCAUUCCAAUAUUUACGUAAUUUUGGGUUUGAUACUCAUGUUCCUUACCAUAUCCUCAACAUCUUGGCUUUUCGUCAUUUGUAUUGACAUGACAUUGGUAAUCACGCGAUUCCGUUCUACAUUACCGACCGAUACGAAUCAGCAGCAAGAAAGAAAGAAAUUUUUAAUCUAUGCUAUUUGUACUUGGACUAGUUCGUUGUUACCGACAGUUUUGGCUUGCGUCGCCGAUUUGACAACGUUGCUUCCAAUAUCUUCACCUAUCAGACCGAAUUUCCACCGAUUUAACGAUGGUAUAAAUUUAACUGCUAUUCUUUACGUAACAAUAUUUCCAGCUCUAACUUGUUUCGCGAAUACCAUACUUUUUUUGUACACCUUUUAUAAAAUGAUUUUGAUACGAAAAUCAACAUCUUUUGCGACCGAAAAUAAUGGUAUAACAAAAAUCAAUGAAGCGAAAAAACAAUUUAUUGUUUAUCUCAAAUUAUAUCUCUUGAUGGAUUCACCCUGGAUCACCAGCGGUCUUGCUGCUGCUUUUAACGAACUAUGGAUAUUAAAAUUUUUUCGAAUGAUCCAACCGAUGCUUAUGUUAUUAGUAAUUUUACCUCCAGGGACAAUAUCGAAACUUUUCAAGUGCAAUUAUAUACUUCCUAAAUGAAAUUGAAUGAAUGAGGAUAAAGAAAAAAUGGAUUAAUGGAAAAAUGUUUCUAUAUAUAUAUAUUUAUUCUUUUAUUUUUUAAAAUCAGAUUGAAUAUUAAUAUGUUGAUUAUUUGUUCAUGAAGAUUAUAGGAGAAUUCAUGAAUAAAAAAAGACUAAACGAAAAUAACAUUGUAAAUAAUUUAAAAUCUAUUAUCAUAAAUUUUGGAUAUAUGAUACAAAACUGAAAUGAAACAUCUUUUAUCCAAAUAUUUCCGAUUUCAAUUAUAUAAUGACCAAUAUAAUAUAAAAUUUAAAUUAACAUAUUUAAAGAUAUUUGGAAAACAUUAGCAUAAUGAAUAAUGAAAAAUUAUUAAUUUAUUUUUUAUAAUUUAUUACAUUUUUGUAUAAAUAUAUUGUAUGUAUUCUUUUACUAAUAUAUUUUUUUCCUAAUAAAUGUCCAUA